AAAAAGCAAGUUGGGACUUCCUCUUUGAACAGUUGCUUUUUCCUCUCACACAAGGGAGAUCUCAUUUUGUUUGAGGCUGGAUAGAGCUGAAACCAAACCACACAUUAAAAAGUGGGUAUGAUGGCUAAGAAGCCCCCCAAACCAGCCCCUCGCAGGAUCUUCCAGGAAAGAUUGAAGAUUACUGCUCUACCAUUGUACUUUGAAGGUUUCCUAUUAGUCAAGAGGUCAGAAUACCAGGAGUUUAAACACUAUUGGACAGAGUUGAGAGGAACUACACUUUUCUUUUAUAUCGACAAAAAAAGUACAAUAUAUGCUGACAAAUUAGACCUAAUAGAUCUCACAUGCCUUACUGACCAGAAUUCAACUGAAAAGAACUGUGCAAAAUUCACCCUUGUUUUGCCAAUAGAGGAAGUGGAACUUAAGACAGAGAACACAGAAAGUGGAGAAGAAUGGCGAGGCUUUAUUCUUACAGUAACAGAGCUUUCAGUUCCCCAACAUGUGUCACUCCUACCUGGGCAAGUAAUUAGACUGCACGAAGUCCUAGAGAGAGAAAAGAAAAGGAGGAUUGAGACAGAGUGCCUGCCUAGUACCUCUGUUGACAAAGAGAAGGAACCAGUUGAAGACUAUGUGGAUGUACUGAACCCUAUGCCAGUAUGUUUUUAUACGGUUUCCCGGAAAGAAGCAACUGAGAUGCUUGAGAAGAACCCUUCCCUGGGAAAUAUGAUCCUGAGGCCCGGUAGUGACAGUGGAAAUUACUCCAUCACUAUCCGACAGGAGAUAGACAUGCCAAGAAUCAAACACUACAAAGUGAUGAACAUAGGAAAAAACUACACAAUUGAACUGGAAAAACCUGUGACACUCCCAAACCUUUUCAGUGUCAUUGAUUAUUUUGUGAAGGAAACUAGAGGAAAUUUAAGACCAUUUAUAUAUUCAGCUGAUGAAAAUCUUGGAAACGGACCUUCUCCCUCUCCCAAGUGCUCCACAACAGGACUUAAAGCAGGCCAAGAACCCAAUACAGAAGGAAGAAGAGAGAGGCUGAAGAAAAAUCCACACAUCACAUGAAGUAAAAUGAAAAAAACUACCUUUAUGUAUCUGGUAAUUGAUAUUUUCAAAAGGAAGAUCUCUCUUUCAAAGACAGUUACUUCCUUUCUUCUGAUCUUAACUACCAAAAGUAACUCACCUGGGCACCAGAAUUAAACACUGUAGCACACAAGGUUAGUAUCUUAUCAGAUAAAACCAACUUACUGGGAAACCAUAGGAUAUGGCUGUGUAGAAUAACUGGUAGAUAUAAAUUGAAAACAUGUAUUUCUUUCUAAAUGGGGUUUUUAUUUUUCUGGGAUGCAAUUAAAUGUAUUUCCUUUACAAAACUUCCAUAGCAGAUCCUCUAAUUCUCCUAAAUUCUACCAAUUCCAAAAAAAAUCUCACUAGGUUUUGUUGAAAUCUUAUUUGACCAAUUUAUCAAAUAGAAGAGUCAUUCUAAUCAUCCAUAUAGAAGCCAAAGGCAUGAAAUACACUAGGAGAAGCCCUUUUCCAAAUACUCAAUGCCGUAUUUUUGUUGCUGAAAAUAAAUGAACUUUGUCACCCUCCGA